UCCAAAGGACUAACGCAAGCAGGAAAUCUAGGCCUCUCAAAGUGAAAAGCAAGCAAACUGUCCUCCUUCUGCCCUCUCCUGAAAGCUAAAUGUCAUGGCUGUGCUGCUAGCCCCUGUGCAGCUGCUGGCGGUGGCUGUCACUGUUUACUUGGAGCUGGUGAGAUCCAUCCAGGGCGGUGUCUAUUAUGGGAUCAAGCAGCUGCCACCCCAGGUGCCCCAGUACCAAGCCCUCGGACAACAAGUACCUCACAUGCCGCUGGGCAAGGAAGGCAUCCCAAUGCAGCACCUGGGCAAGGAGGUGCCGCACAUGCAGUACGGGAAGGAGUAUCCCCAUCUGCCUCAGUACAUGAAGGAGGUCCCACAGAUGCCUCUGCUCGGCAAGGACAUGGCUCCAAAGAAAGAAAAAGAGAUGCCGAUGCUCGGUUUGAGAGGCGAGCAAGGUCCCCCUGGUGAGCCUGGACCAAGAGGGCCACCAGGGCCACCAGGACUUCCAGGCCACGGAGUGCCAGGAGCCAAAGGAAAACCGGGUCCGCAAGGAUACCCUGGAAUUGGGAAGCCAGGUUUGCCUGGCAUGCCCGGGAAACCAGGAGUCAUGGGACCUCCGGGGCAGAGGGGGGAGAUGGGACCUAAGGGAGAGGUGGGGCCCAUGGGCAUACCUGGGCCCCAAGGACCACCGGGACCUCAUGGACUUCCUGGCAUAGGAAAAGCAGGUGCUCCAGGCCUGCCAGGACAACCAGGAGCGAAGGGCGAGCCUGGGAUGAAGGGGCCUCCGGGAGCCCCUGGCAUCCCAGGCCCAAAAGGAGAAAAAGGCGUCGGGAUACCAGGUCUACCUGGCUUGAAAGGCCCCCCUGGACUUCCCGGCCCACCAGGCCCGGUGGGACUGCCAGGGGUCGGGAAGCCAGGGAUGGUCGGGUUUCCAGGCCCCCAGGGACCCAUCGGUAAACCCGGCCCCCCAGGGGAGCUGGGGCUGCAGGGGCCCCCAGGGGUGCCAGGGAUCCAAGGCCCGCCGGGCUUGCCGGGGGUCGGGAAGCCAGGCCAGGACGGCAUCCCUGGCCAACCCGGCUUCCCCGGCGGCAAAGGGGAGCAGGGCUUGCCGGGACUGCCGGGGCCCCCCGGCCUGCCUGGCGUGGGCAAACCGGGCUUUCCCGGGCCCAAGGGCGACCGCGGCAUGGGCGGCCUGCCUGGCCCCCUGGGGCCCAAGGGCGAGAAAGGACACCCCGGCCUGCAGGGACCCCCCGGGCCUCCCGGUCCGCCCGGUCCCCCCGUGGUCAUCCCGCCUACGCCGCCGGCCGUGGGACAGUACAUGCCCGAGGUGGGUCCUGGCGUGGACGGCGUGAAGCCGCCCUACGGCUACGCGGGCAAGAAGGGCAAGCCCGGCGUCGGCGUUGUCUACGAGAUGCCGGCCUUCACGGCGGAGCUGCUGACCCCCUUCCCACGGGUCGGCGUGCCCGUCAAGUUCGACAAGCUCCUCUACAACGGGCGGCAGAACUACAACCCGCAGACGGGCAUCUUCACGUGCGAGAUCCCCGGCAUCUACUACUUCGCCUACCACGUGCACUGCAAAGGGGCCAGCGUGUGGGUGGCCCUGUUCAAGAACAACGAGCCGCUCAUGUACACCUAUGACGAGUACAAGAAGGGCUUCCUGGACCAGGCUUCGGGCAGCGCCGUCGUCCAGCUCGUGCCUGGCGACAAAGUUUACGUGCAGAUGCCCUCCGAGCAGGCAGCGGGACUCUACGCGGGGCAGUACGUUCACUCGUCUUUUUCAGGAUAUUUAUUGUAUUUCAUGUAA